ACACCGCACAACAGCCACCGGCACAGGUUCUCUUUCUUUCAGAACCUUCACAUUAGACUCCCUUUCCUCUGCCUCUUCGGUGUGAGGAUGGUGACGUUGAGGAAACAAUAUGCGGUGGUCAGACCCGUAUACUCAGAGGACAGCUUGGCUGAAGAUCACAACAAAGUUUACCGGCAGCGCAAAACCAUCGUGGACCAUAUGAGAGAGUAUCUGACCUGGGAUUCAAAACGUGCCAAGAAUGCAGCAGUGUCUCUACUGCCCGUCAUCGGCUGGAUGAGGACCUACCGCGUCAGAGAGUGGCUGCUGGGCGAUGUGGUGUCUGGGAUCAGCACUGGAAUGGUGGCCAUCAUGCAAGGACUGGCCUUCUCUCUGCUGGCCUCGCUGCCCCCGAGCUACGGCCUCUACACAGCCUUCUUCCCCAUGCUAACGUACUUCUUCCUUGGUACUUCGAGACAUAUAUCCGUAGGCUCUUUCCCAGUCCUGAGCCUGAUGGUGGGAGCUGUGGUGACACGCCUGGUCCCAGAGGUUGGACCACCAGCCAACAUCACUGGCUUUGAAGACCUGACCCAGGACCAGCAGAGAGUCCUAGUGGCCUCCUCUGUAACCUUUCUUAUGGGGAUAUUCCAGCUGGCGAUGGGUAUUUUUCAGGUGGGAUUUAUUGUCGUGUACCUGUCCGACACUCUGGUGUCCGGCUUCACCACAGCAGCUGCCAUACACAUCCUGGUCUCCCAGCUCAAGUUUGUGCUCGGGUUGACUGUUCCCGGCAUCAACGGUCCACUCUCUGUCAUAUAUACAUUGAAGGAGAUCUUUGACCAAAUCACCUCCACCAACAUCUGUGACCUGGUGAUGUCCAUAGUGAUCAUGAUGGUUGUGUUCAUCGUGAAGGAGCUCAAUGAAAAAUACAAAGCCAAGUUGCCUGUUCCCAUUCCCAUUGAAGUUUUCAUGACUGUCAUAGCUUGUGGGGUGUCCUAUGGGUUCAACUUCAAGACGAGAUAUGAUGUUGCUGUUGUUGGCAAAAUGGUCAGCGGAUAUGAAUCUCCCAUUGCGCCUAACAUGGAAGUCUUCCAGGAAAGUGCUGUGGAGGCCUUUCCUUCAGCCAUAGUCGGGUUUGCUGUUGCCUUCUCUGUGGCCAAAGUCUACUCCAUCAAACAUGAUUACACGAUUGAUGGGAACCAGGAGCUCAUCGCAUUUGGGGUUAGUAACAUAUUUGGCGCAAGCUUCAGGUCGUUUGCAGCCAGCACAUCGCUCUCCAGGACGGCCGUGCAGGAGAGCUCGGGAGGCAAAACACAGAUUGCAGGCCUGAUCUCAGCUAUGAUGGCGAUGAUUGUAACUUUGGCACUUGGCUUCCUGCUGGAACCGCUUCCCACUUCUGUCCUGGGGGCCUUGGUCAUCGUCAACCUGAAGGGCAUGCUGAUGCAGUUCAGAGAAAUCCCGUACUUGUGGAUGAGGGACAAACCAGAAUGUGUUGUGUGGGUGGGAACAUGCCUGGGGGCCACCCUGCUGGGACUGGAUCUUGGUCUGGCGGUGGGUCUGGGUGUUGAACUGCUCACCGUGGUGUACAGGACUCAGUUCCCCCGCUGUUCUGUCCUGGCUAACAUCCCAGGGACCGACCUCUACAAAGACCAUAAAGAUUACAUGCAUAUAUCUGAAAUGCAGGGAGUGAAAAUCUUCCGGAUACCCUCGCCUAUCUACUUUGCCAAUAUUGAGUUCUUGAGGGACAAGCUGGUAGAAACUGUCGGGUUUAACCCUCUCAGGGUUUUGAAAAAGAGGAACAAGGCUCUCCGGAAAAUCAAUAAACUGUUGCAGAAAAAGGAGGAUGUCGUUACAGCGAAAGAGUUAUUUGGUGCCACUGAUGAGUCUGGCAUGAACAUGGAGGAGCAGGACCGGCCCUCUGACCUUCCUUUCCGGGUGAAUUGGAGGGCAGAGCUUCCCGUUGACGUCACUGUUCCCAGAGUGGACCUCCACAGCCUGAUCCUGGACUUCUCUGCCGUGUCUUUCCUGGACAUCUCUGCUCUGAAGGGACUCAAAGCGGUACUCAAAGAGUUCAUCCGCGUUGAUGUGGAGGUUUACAUCGUCUCUUGUGAUGAGUCCAUCCUGGAGAAACUACACAGCUGUAGGUUCUUUGAUGAGGAGAUUCUCACCUCCAUGUUGUUCCCGUCCCUUCAUGACGCCAUGCUACAUGUGCAGGACAAAUCAAAGGACAGAGGUCGAGGCUGGGUGGUAAGGGAAGCUAUCUGCGCUACAACUAAACAUGCAUGCAGAAGCCCAGUACAGCAACAGUCAGUCAUGGAGAAAAGAGGUCAGGUUUUGACUCAGGUUGCCACCGGAGGAAAGGUCACAAAGCCUGAGCUGCUAUUGUCAGAUAAGCAUGUUUUAAGAGCUUGAACUAAACAAAAAUCUAAGAGAUUCAGUGAAAUACAUUCAUGUGUCUACUUAUUUAUAUAUUUAUGCAACGACUGUCAUGAUUGAAAACUAACCCUAAACUUUCUUUUUGCAGUUGGGAGAAAGCAGACUCUAGCAGAGCCGAUGAGUCCAGGAGCAUUCCUUUCAAACCAAAACGCUUCUCUUCACCCCACCACAACACAAUCAA